GGCGCCCCCUAAGUUUGGGAGCCGCCGCGGCGCCGAGAGGCGAUUGCCGAAGGGCGAGAAAGUUUUGCGGGGUGCGCCGAGCGGGCCCUGGGCGCUCCUCCCGCGGCUCCCUCCCCGCUUCCCGGCGCCUGGAGCCCGUCCGCGGGGAGUGGGGGGAGGCGGCAUGGCCCGCGAGCAGGAGGAAGAGGAGGCGGCGGGGGCAGCCGCACUGGCCCGCGGGGGUCGGGGCUUGUUCCGCCGGGCCGGGGCGCGGCGGCCGCCCCUCUGGCUGCUCUGUCUGGCCGCGGGCUGGCUGCUGGGCGCCGGGGCCGACGCCGACUUCUCAAUCCUGGACGAGGCGCAAGUGCUGGCGAGCCAGAUGCGGAGGCUGGCGGCCGAGGAGCUGGGGGUCGUCACCAUGCAGCGGAUAUUCAACUCCUUUGUUUACACUGAGAAAAUCUCUAACGGAGAAAGUGAGGUACAGCAGCUAGCCAAAAAAAUCCGAGAGAAGUUCAACCGUUACUUGGAUGUGGUCAACCGGAACAAGCAAGUUGUAGAGGCAUCUUACACGGCUCACCUGACGUCUCCACUAACUGCAAUUCAAGACUGCUGUACCAUCCCACCUUCCAUGACGGAAUUUGAUGGGAACUUUAAUACCAAUGUAUCUAGAACAAUUAGUUGUGAUCGACUGUCUACUACUGUUAAUAGCCGGGCCUUCAAUCCAGGACGAGACUUAAAUUCAGUUCUUGCAGACAACCUGAAAUCCAACCCUGGAAUUAAGUGGCAGUAUUUCAGUUCAGAAGAAGGAAUUUUCACUGUUUUCCCAGCACACAAGUUCCGGUGUAAGGGCAGCUAUGAACAUCGCAGUAGGCCUAUCUACGUCUCUACCGUCCGGCCACAGUCAAAGCAUAUAGUAGUGAUCCUGGACCACGGGGCUUCCGUCACAGACACCCAGCUUCAGAUCGCCAAGGACGCUGCCCAGGUCAUCCUCAGCGCCAUCGACGAACAUGAUAAGAUCUCUGUGCUGACUGUGGCAGACACCGUCAGGACCUGCUCGCUGGACCAGUGCUAUAAGACCUUCCUGUCUCCAGCCACCAGUGAGACCAAAAGGAAAAUGUCCACCUUCGUUAGCAGCGUCAAGUCUUUGGACAGCCCUACCCAGCACGCGGUGGGGUUCCAAAAGGCAUUCCAGCUGAUUCGAAGCACAAACAAUAACACCAAGUUCCAAGCAAAUACAGACAUGGUCAUAAUUUACCUGUCAGCCGGUAUCACAUCAAAGGACUCUUCAGAGGAAGAUAAAAAGGCGACUCUCCGUGUCAUCAAUGAAGAAAAUAGCUUUCUCAACAACUCCGUAAUGAUUCUCACCUACGCCCUCAUGAAUGACGGGGUGACUGGUUUGAAAGAGCUGGCUUUCCUGAGAGACCUGGCUGAGCAGAACUCGGGGAAGUACGGCGUGCUGGAGCGGGCGGCCGUGCCGGUGAUUAAGGGCAGCAUGAUGGUGCUGAACCAGUUGAGUAACUUGGAGACCACGGUCGGCAGGUUCUACACCAACCUGCCCAACCGGAUGAUUGAUGAAGCUGUCUUCAGCCUCCCUUUCUCUGACGAGAUGGGGGAUGGUCUGAUAAUGACCGUGAGUAAACCCUGUUAUUUUGGAAACCUCCUUCUGGGAAUUGUAGGUGUGGAUGUGAACCUGGCUUACAUCCUUGAAGAUGUGACGUAUUACCAAGACUCUUUGGCUUCCUACACUUUUCUCAUAGAUGACAAAGGGUAUACCCUUAUGCACCCAUCUCUUACCAGGCCAUAUUUACUGUCAGAACCCCCCCUUCAUACUGACAUCAUUCACUAUGAAAAUAUCCCAAAAUUUGAGUUGGUUCGGCAAAAUAUCCUAAGCCUCCCUCUGGGCAGCCAGAUUAUCGCAGUCCCUGUGAAUUCAUCCCUGUCCUGGCACAUAAACAAGCUGAGGGAAACUGGAAAGGAGGCCUACAACGUCAGCUACGCCUGGAAGAUGGUACAAGACACUUCUUUUAUUCUCUGCAUUGUGGUGAUACAACCGGAAAUACCUGUCAAACAACUGAAGAACCUCAACACUGUCCCCAGCAGCAAGCUGCUGUACCACCGGCUGGACCUCCUGGGCCAGCCUAGCGCCUGCCUGCACUUCAAACAGCUGGCCACUCUAGAAAGUCCCACCGUCAUGCUGUCUGCAGGCAGCUUUUCCUCCCCCUAUGAACACCUCAGCCAGCCGGAGACCAAACGCAUGGUGGAACACUACACGGCCUAUCUCAGUGACAACACCCGCCUCAUUGCUAACCCGGGGCUCAAAUUCUCUGUCAGAAAUGAAGUAAUGGCUACCAGCCACGUCACAGAUGAAUGGAUGACACAAAUGGAAAUGAGUAGCCUGAACACUUACAUUGUCCGCCGUUACAUAGCAACGCCCAAUGGCGUCCUCAGAAUUUAUCCUGGUUCCCUCAUGGACAAAGCAUUUGAUCCCACGAGGAGACAAUGGUAUCUCCAUGCUGUAGCUAAUCCGGGUUUGAUUUCUUUGACUGGCCCUUACUUAGACGUUGGAGGAGCUGGCUAUGUGGUGACCAUCAGUCAUACCAUUCAUUCAUCCAGUACACAGCUGUCUUCCGGGCAUACUGUGGCUGUGAUGGGCAUUGACUUCACGCUUAGAUAUUUCUACAAGGUUCUGAUGGACUUACUGCCAGUUUGUAACCAAGAUGGUGGCAACAAAAUAAGGUGCUUCAUCAUGGAGGACAGGGGUUACCUGGUGGCACAUCCAACCCUCAUUGACCCCAAGGGACACGCACCCGUGGAGCAGCAGCACAUCACCCACAAGGAGCCCCUGGUAGCCAAUGACAUCCUGAACCAUCCCAACUUUGUGAAGAAGAACUUGUGCAACAGCUUCAGUGACAGGACGGUGCAGAGAUUUUAUAAAUUCAACACGAGCCUCGUGGGGGAUUUGACGAACCUUGUGCACGGCAGUCACUGCUCUAAAUACAGACUGGCGAGGAUCCCAGGAACCAAUGCUUUUGUUGGCAUCGUCAACGAAACGUGCGACUCUCUUGCCUUCUGUGCCUGCAGCAUGGUGGACCGGCUCUGUCUCAACUGUCACCGAAUGGAACAAAAUGAAUGUGAAUGCCCCUGUGAGUGCCCUCUAGAGGUCAAUGAGUGCACUGGCAACCUCACCAAUGCAGAGAACAGAAACCCGAGCUGUGAGGUCCACCAGGAGCCGGUGACGUACACAGCUAUUGACCCUGGCCUGCAGGAUGCUCUUCACCAGUGCGUCAACAGCAGGUGCAGUCAAAGGAUGGAGAGUGGGGACUGCUUUGGUGUGCUGGAUUGUGAAUGGUGCAUGGUGGACAGCGAUGGCAAGACGCACCUGGACAAAUCGUACUGUGCACCCCAGAAAGAAUGCUUCGGGGGCAUUGUCGGAGCCAAAAGCCCCUAUGUUGAUGACAUGGGAGCGAUAGGUGAUGAGGUGGUGACGCUGAACAUGAUUAAAAGCGCCCCUGUGGGUCCCGUGGCCGGAGGCAUCAUGGGCUGCAUCAUGGUCCUGGUCCUGGCUGUGUACGCCUACCGCCACCAGAUUCACCGCCGGAGUCACCAGCACAUGUCUCCUCUUGCUGCCCAAGAAAUGUCAGUGCGUAUGUCCAACCUGGAGAACGACCGAGAUGAAAGGGACGACGACAGCCACGAGGACAGAGGCAUCAGUGAGUACUCAGGUGGCCCCGUCGCCGGCGGUGUCAGCGGGAGGAUGAUCCAGAUCAGCAACACUCGAUUCAUAGCCGCAGUCAUCGAGCGGCACGCACACAGUCCAGAGAGGAGGCGUCGCUACUGGGGCCGCUCGGGAACAGAAAGCGAUCAUGGUUACAGCACCAUGAGCCCCCAGGAAGACAGUGAAAACCCCCCGUGCACCAGCGACCCCUUGUCGGCCGGGGUGGACGUGGGGAACCACGAUGAGGACUUGGAGCUGGACACCCCGCCUCAGACUGCUGCCCUCUUAAGUCACAAGUUCCACCACUACCGCCUGCACCACCCCACGCUCCAUCACAGCCACCACCUGCAGGCGGCCGUGACCGUACACACUGUCGACGCGGAAUGCUAACGGCCCCUCACCUCCAUCAGAAGACGGGACGGGGAGAUACAGAAUGUUCUGGAGGGAACCAGAGCCAGCGUAAAAUCCACAGCAAGAGACCCCCUGUGUCUGUGCUCUGCCCAGAGUUGUUUAACUCAUUUCCUGCCCGUCAGCAUCCUUCACCACCAGAGAAACAACAGGAGAAUCGCAUUCGUGAAGAUGUGAGGCUGGCUGUGAGGUGGAGGGGAAGUAAGUCCGAUGAGUGAACCCGCCAUGAUACCAACAGAAUGAACAGGAGGUAGACCUCUCAGCAGAGGGGAAACCUACACAUGAAACAUUGGGAACCUUCGUUAAGCUGAGCCAGAGGAGUGUUCCCAGGAGCCAGAAACACUGGGCUCUCUUUAACUGGAAGAGAGCAAAAUCUGCAUUCUCGGAGAUGGGAACCCAGCACAUCCAGAGAGAAAUGUGCGCUUUGAAGAUUUCACCUGGUUUCUCAGCGGUACCUGGCUACCACAGUUGCUGUGUGGAACUCAUGUUAAGCUCUAAAUGAUGCAUCUCAAAAUUUCUAAGUAAAGGAUUAUUUUUCUACUAUUUAUUGAACUUUCAAACAUUCUCAAACUUUGGGGAAAGAAGAGGAAACACGUGAGAAAUUGUCAGCAGUUAUCCCUAGCUGUUCUGUGUGUAAUGAAGUGGUUCUUUGAUUAAGGAGUUCUAUUUCUUAUUUAACUGAUACCAUCCCACUGCCUCACUCCACAAAAUGGGGAAACGAAGAAAUCUUUCUCUCUGACUUGUUCACAUACAUUUCCUUUAGAACAUCAUUUCACAAAAAUGCAUCUUGACUUGCAAUGCAGUAUUCUUUCUCAGCAUUUGACAGAGGUGGGGAGGGGCAGAGGAAUCCAAGAAGCUUUUAAAGAAAGUUGAUGUUUCUUUUUACUCAUUUCCACUUCCCAUACAGUGCUUUCUUUAGGUUUCUACGAAACCUAAUAUUACAACCCCAUACUUUCAGCUAAGAGAGGGUUGGAUUUAUUCUCCCUGUGUUAGAGACUCUACAUUUUAAAAUGUCCCAUUUUGAUUCCAAGAAUGUUGAACACCUAAAGGAAGAAGUUUUUAAAAUUCAAAAUGUUGGUUAUUAAUUAAAGAUUUCUUUUGAAAUCAUAGUUAAAAGCUGCUGCCAGUUACCCAGGAAGAUACCCACCAACGUGCUUUGUGAUGUAUACAGCGGUCAAUCAAAUCUGGCUACUACAACAUGGGGCAUUGUGAUUUCAGAGUAGUGUUCUAAUUACAGUGAUGUACUUUAGAUUCACAUGUUGUGAUCCAAAUAUGUUACAAAGACAUUGUUGCACCGUGUGUGUGGUAAAUUUCCGUUUAUAUGUAGUUGGAAAAAAUUCACUGAAUAAUGUUUUAAUGAUAGGAUGUUACACUCUAAUGUAAGAAAAAAAAUUGGUUCUUCAGCAGUACAGAAAGUAAACUAUAUGUGUGCUAUCAGGAAACCUCUUCAUACUGUGUAUAAAAUUGCAGUCUAGUGAAAUAAACCGUAUGAACAGACA